GUUAUUGCAGGUUCUCUUUAAAUUAAAAAAAAAGGGUACCUCUUUUGCACUGUGACUGUUUCCUGCUUCUGGGGUUUGUGUGUGUGUGUUCUCGGGAGCAGGAAACAGGAGCUGCAAAACCAAGGGAAGCGAGUGCGAGGCAAGAGGCUAUACCAGGCCAGCCAGGAAUGAGAUUUCAAAACAUUUCCUCCUCCUUCCAGAAAUGUGAUCGCCGUUUUCUUUGGGCAACGGGGAGGUGUGGCGGAGCAUCCUUAGGCCACAGAAGGUGAAGCCACCACGUGGGACGCGUGGCGGUUCUGCCAGCCUGAUGAUGAUGGCACACUUCGUGGCGUGAGCCCUGGGGGAGGGGGAGAGAGAGAGAGAGAGAUCGGCUGGAUCUCGAGGAGGGGGAAGAGAGAGAGAGCCACCAAAGAGGGGGGAGGAAGCCCCUGAAGAGAGCCUCCCCCCUCCCCCCAGCAAGCACCCACUUCUACAGCUGCUAAGGAUGGAGGAUCUUUCCCCACCAAGCGGGGAGGUGAUCUGGAGUUUGCCAGGCACUGGCGUUUCCUGCUAAACGCCCGUCUGUCCCUGAUUGUGCCAUGGACUCCAUGUUUGAAGAUGACAUCAGCAUCCUUACCCAAGAUGCUUUGGUCCAGGAGGAUGACUGGCUGGACAGCCCCAAUACCGACCUCUCCAGCGAGAUGUGUUCUGCCUCCCACUUUGCUCUCAUCACGGCCUACGAUGACAUCAAGAACCGCCUGACAGGGCUGGAGCGGGAGAACGCUAGCCUGAAGCGGAAACUGAAGAUGUAUGAGAUUAAGUUCCCACUGAUUAGCGAGUUUGGAGAGGAGCGCAUCUUCCCAGCCUACGACUCCAAGGAGGCCUCUCUUCUGAAAAGCGAGAAAGCCAACCUCCAGCAGCAGCUGAAUCAAUUCCAGCGCGAGCUGCAGAAGAGCAAGGAGAGGGAAGAACAGCUGGGUGAGAUGAUCCAAGCCUAUGAGAAGCUGUGUGUGGAGAAGACUGACCUUGAGUCGGAGCUGGGGCAGAUGAGAGCUCUGGUUGAGACACAUCUGAAUCGUAUCCGAAGCUUAGAGCAGCAGUUGAGGCAGAGAGAUGGCGGCUCGUUCCAGAAUUUCAACUCUCAGCUGCAAAAUCAAGAAGUCCAGUAUCUGUCGCUUCAUGGGAGCCACGUGCUGGAUUGCUCGAUGAACUGGCAGAGCCCCAGGGGCCUCGAACAGGUGGAGGGGCUGGAGGUGCAGAGGCUGGAAGUAGAGCUGGAGGAGACGAGGCAGGAAGUCCAGAAUUCACAACACCGGGAAGAGCAGCUGAAGGCUGAGUGCGAGAGAUUGCAGGCGGAGGUGAAGCAGCUGCAAGAGACACGGGCUCAGGACCUUGCAACGAGUCAGUCGGAGAGGGACAUGGCAUGGGUGAAGAAAGUUGGAGAUGACCAGACUUUCCCCCUUUCCCCCUCUUUUGUCAGGGUAAACCUGGCCCUUGCCUACACGGAGCUGACCGAGGAGUUGUGUCGCCUGAGGAACCUGAGUUCUCUCCAAAGCCAGAUUCUCCGGACGCUUGUGCAAGAGCAGGCCCUCAAUGGUGGUCAGCGGCACUCUCCCCAUUCGCAGCGCCAUUCCCCCGCUCAGCAGCGUCGAUCUCCGGGUCCUCAGUGCUCGUCUCCAGCGCAGCAAGGGAGAUCUUCAUCUGUCCCUCAAUGCCAGUCUCCGGGCCUGCAGAGACGGUCGCCAGCACCGCCCCCUUGCCAGUCCCCCGCGCAUCAGCGCCGUUCCCCAGCGCCGCCCCCUUGCCAGUCCCCCGCCUCGCAGCGUCGUUCACCUGCCCCGCUGCCCGCCCAGCCUCCUGCCCCGCAGCGCUGCUCGCCGGGCCCCAAUUGCUCCUCCCCCGCCAUCACCUCGCAGCACAGGUCGCCGGGUGGCGAGAGGAGCAUCAUGGAUCUGGCCUACUCCAAACCCUUGAGCCACCACAUCAAGGCGAGCUUCCAGGGCCGCCGGAGCUACUCGGAGGUGAGCGAUGCGGCUAUGUACCAGCAGAACCGCUCCCUCUGGCUGCAGCCGGAAGCUUCCACCUUACCAAAGCACCGUCCCUACGGCGAAGUUUACGCCAGAGACGCCUUCGAGGAGCACUUGCGCUUUGAGAAGCAGUCCUCGGACGAAGACGACUGGGCCCUCCCAAGUCCCCCCAGCCCUGAAGCGGGGGGCAUCCGCUGCGCCUCCUUCUGUGCAGGGUUCCCUAUCCCCGACACCUCCACACACCGGACUGAUGCCUCGUACUCCAGGGCUGAGCAUGCCCAGUCCUGGCCUUCAAUCAAUUUGCUGAUGGAGACGGUGGACUCUGACAUCCGAAGCUGCCCUCUCUGCCAGGUGGCCUUUCCCAUCGGUUACCCAGAUGACGCUUUGAUAAAACACAUUGAUUCACACCUGGAGAACAGUAAGAUCUGAGGCCUGCACACCUGCCACGCCCUUCCUCUUCCAGCUUCCUUAGUGAGACCCGUCCACCUCACUCACCAGGCCCCCCCCCCCCAACUUGGAUGCUGCAUGAAAAGUGGUGGUGCAACAGGGGCUCGCUCUAAAAUACCUCCAAGUCUCCAGUAGACUGAACCGGAAGAAGAGUUUUGCCUCUCCCUCUCCCUCUUCUCUGCCUUGGUUUCUAAAGUGGGUUUCCUCUUCCUCCUGCUCUUGAUGAGUAGGGCCUGCAAUAUUUCUCCAAUGCUUGAACCAGUCGUGGAGGUUGUGGGGAUAGGAGGCGAGAAAUGCGCUUCGGCCAGGCUUAGCAGACAGAGCAUGCCGCCGCCGCUCUCCAUCUGAACGCUCAGAACCGAGGGCAGGGGAUGACUCUUUAUCUAUGUGGUUCUGGUUUGGGUGUCUCUGGAAGAUCUCAGGGUAGGAGAAAUCUCUCGGGGUUGUGUGUGUGUUUUUUGGGGUGGGGCAGGGGAAAUGGGCUGAGGAACUCUUGGACUUGCUGAGGUGACAGCCUGGCACUCAGGUGAAAGAAAUCGGAAGGUUUCGUUUUUGUGCCCCUCCCGCGAGCAGGAAAGUCCCAAGUGGGUCCAGUCUCCCUGCCUUUUCUGCUACUAAGGAGGACGUUCAGGUCUCACUCCUUGUUGACCAUUAAUUAUCAGACACAGAAAGCCUUGGCCUCCAACUGCUGGUUCAAGUGUCUUGGUCUUUUACAUUAAAAGCCCACUUUAACGAUGCUGCUGAGAAAUAGAGCCAACUUCCAGAGGUGUAGCAUGGAUGUUCUUAUGUUAUUGCACUGGACAUUAAAACACACGGAAGCUUU